AUGGCGACCGGCUGGAGUCUUCUCGUCGGCCUUAUUGUCGUUGUGGCCGCUUCCGUGGCUGCUUGGUUCCUUUCUCCGAAGAACGAGAGCCGAACUGUCUGGCGCAGCACACUCAUCCUCUCUUUCAUUUCUUGUUACUUGAUGUGGGCAAUUGUCUUCCUCGCCCAAUUGAACCCUCUCAUCGCGCCAAAGCGCGCUGAUAUUCGUCCCGGGCAUGUACCCAAUUAA